AGAGCCAGCAGGGCAGAGCCGCCCCACGCCGCCAUCACGGCACGGAGAUGUUUGCACCAAAACAGCACCGAAACCGGACACAUCUCAGUGCUUGAAACCAUCCGUGAUGGGUUGCCCAUGGACCGGGAAUGAACUGCUGCUCUCAUCCACAGACAGGUGAGGGCCUGGCACAAAUCUCCCGCUUUGCCCUGCAAACAGGGACUGGCUGCCCUGGCAUCAGAGUGCCUGCUGUCCCCCAGCAUGGGGAUCUCCCAUCCGUGCCUUCCAGCUGCCCAAGCGCCAUCACUCCCAGCCCCACUGCGGUGAGCCCCCACUCCCACCCAUCUGCAGAGCACCAGCAGUGAGCACAACGUGCAUCUUCCCAGCAGUGCUGGCUGCAGAGCUCCAUCCCGACCCCGUUACCUGUGGGCAGCACAACGAAGACCAGCUCUCUCAGACUCCCAUGGCUGCGCAGCAGCGAUAGUCCCCUCUCAUGUCCUCCCCAUGAGCCCACGCUGACCCCCGGCAGUGCAGCUGAGCCCCCCGCACACGGGCGCGCUCCCCACCGCCGCCGUUCGCUCUUGCUCGCCGCCUGCCCCGGUUUCCUGCCUCCUGAGCAAACUCUAGAGGAGCUGGUUCGCAGCUCGCGCACAACCGCAAGCACUGGUGACAAACCCCGAGGCUUCCUGCCAUCCCCAGCUGGGCUGUGCGUCGGGGUCCUGCUCCAGGUGCCCUCGGUUCUGGGAUCGGGUGGGUCUGGGGGCACCGGGCCCCUUGGCUGGGGUGGAGUGGGGGCACACAAUGGGCCAUGUGCUGUGCAGGGGCAGUGAUGGGUGUGACGACAUCACCCAAAGGGCUGCAAAGCCCCCCAGUCCCUUUACAGCCCCCUUCUCCAAAGGGGGAAACACCCCCCCCCCCCCCCAGAGCUCAGUGCUGGGGGUUCGCAGUGGCAGCUCUGGUUGUGCCAUACCCCACCAGACCCAGUUAAGCUGUGUGACACCUCCUGCAUCCACAGCCCCACUUUGGCCAUCACCACCACACCCCCAAGCCUCAGUCCCCCAAGAGCUGCAGUGACAGCUGAAAUGGGGACAGACCAGAGGGGACGCCUCGUGCCCAGGCUGUGCCACACCGCCAGCCCUGGGUUUUUGGAGACAUCUCUGAGCAGAGCAACCACAGCGCUAUUGUCUUGGCUUUCAUGAUCAAAGACGAAGCCACAGGUUCCCACCAGCUGCUCUGCAGCAGCACAGGCAGAACGCCCAACUGUGCCGGGGGGCACCGAGCGCUGCACCCACCCUUAUGGGGACAUUCCUCAGCCCCACACCCAGUGCGUUCCCCAGCACCACGGGUGCCCCUGGGCAAGGGCUCACUGCCAGCCCCUGCCAUCUGCCACUGCCUCGGGGCUUGUGCAGCCCUCCCUGUUCCCUCCUGGUACCCCAGAACCCAGGAUGGUCCCUAGAGCCAACCCACAGCUUCCUGGGUCGCUCCCACAUCUCUCCUGGGGGAGCACUUGCAAAAUGUGUUCUGUCACGUGCUAAGAGUGGCAGCUCCUUUGGCACAGGGUUUGGUGUGAACAGGGGAAGGGGAAAAGAUGGAAAAGCAAACCCCUGCAGCAAGGACAGCCAUGGGUAGAGCCCCCAGCCCCUCCUGCACCAGGGGUGGGAGUGGGGUAGCGCAGGGCUGCCGAGCACUGAGCACAGCCCCCAGCACCUCCAGGCCCCACGACCCACGCAGCUGUUGGCAAUGAGCACUUCCUGCAGCAGCGCAGCCCCAGCACCCACUGCGGCCGGGUGCGUGGGGAGGGGCUGGCAGUGGGGUGCUCACAGCAGAGACCCUUUUUCCCCUAUAUGGAUCCGUCCCAAAGCAGAAACCAUUGAGAAAAUCAGCCUAUGGGGCAGAGUUGGGAGUGGGUCCCCUCCUGGCACCCCAAGGGGUUGGGAGCACCGCUGGAGGUGCAGGCGAGCACUGGACUGUGCACAGCAGGAAGUGCUCCUUCUCACCAUCACCUGCUUUUAUUCCUCCUCCGGGUGGUGCUCCCCACAUCCUCCCCUGCGGCUGACCCCCACCACACACAGAUGCUCCACACGGAUGGCACAUUUCCCAUAGCACAAACGAGGGAGCUCAGCCCUGAGCCUGAUGUCCUUGCAGUGCUUUGGGGCACCUAUGAGCCCCUCUCAACCCCUGGGUGCACCCAUGGGUGCCCGCAGGGCCCCGCUGCGCUCAGCAGAGGGAGAAGCGCCGGGAGUUGAUGUUCAUGCGGGUGACACCGAUGUGCUUGAGAGGCAUGGAGAGCAGGAAGGCAGCCUUGGGCGGGAUGGUGCAGAGCAGAUCCGAGUCCUCCUCGCAGCUCUCGAGGCCGAAGGUGGCAUCGUCCAGCAUCUCCUUGUGCCGGUGGCAGACCUGCUCCACCUUCAGCCGGUUCAGCUGUGCCCGCAGACGCAUCAGCUGCUGUGCCAGGCGUUGGUCUGCAGCCUGCAGCUCCUGCUGUGGGGGAAUGGAGCUGUCAGCAGCCGGCAGGGGCUCAGCAUCAGCAGGGCUGCUGUAGCAGCGGGACUCCGUGACAAACCCUCAGGGAAUCAGGAAUACGUGGUGCCGGGAUCAGCACGGAGCACACGUGUGCAGCACAGGCCGGCACAGGGACUCAGAUCUGCUCGGAUAGAUUUGCACCCAUGAGGCUGUUGUCGCCUGCACAGAGCAGCAGGAAGGGGUCACAAGUGCAGAGCCACAACCCACAGCGCUGGGCAGGGCAGGAUGGCACAGCCGGGCAAAACCGCCCAGGCUGUGGCUGUGCUGGUGCAGGAGCAGAGCUCCCAGCUGCAGCAGGAGCAGCACCGGCGGCUCCCUUGUGGGGUCAGGCACCGUCCCUCCGUGCCCCUCAGCAUUACUCACCAGCUCCGUCCUGAGCCACUCCAGAGCCUCCUCCAUACCAGGGAACCCACAGACACUGCCGUCCUGCUCAGCCCUGGGGUGCCCCGAGGUCCCCUUCGCCCCCCGAGGGGUCGGCCUGCCCCAGGGCUGCCCCCGCACCCGCGCCUCCCACUCCAGGUAUGAAGGGCGCCGGGUCUGCAGCUUCAGUUUGGCCGUCAGCGCUUUGACCCCGGCCAGGCUCUCCUCGCCUGCAGCCGGCUCCUCUGCACCCAGCUCAGAGAACUUCACCUGGCCCAGGGGCAUGGCUGCAGCCCGGAUCCCACACCACAGAUCCCAGACCUCGGAUCCCGGAGCCCAGCAGGGUGGGGAACACCCACCGCAGCUGUGCCGAGUGCCGCCUAUUUAUCUACCCCCAGAACAAUAAAGGUUGGGGAUAAUUAUAACGGGCAGGAACUUGGCUUAUCCAGAGGAGUGCAAAGAAGUCGUGUUUUGUUGGGUUUUUUUUUGUCCCUUUUCUUUCCUUUUUGAGCACUGCUGUCUCCGGUUGGGAGGCGGCUCCGUGUCCUCCGGGAGGAAUCGCGGUGAGGCCGCGGCGAUGCAGUGCCGGGCAGUGCCCUCCCGCUCCGCUAUCGGCGCUGCGUGACGCACCGACUUCCCGGCCGGGCCCGGGGCUGCUAAAAAAAGGGCGAAGGAAAGGAAACGAACGGCUCCGCGUGCCGACGGGGCGGGGUGCGGGGGCCGCGCGGUGGCGGUGGGCGCCCGACAGCUGCGGGACAGCUGUGCGCUGCGGGGCCUUAAGGUGGAAGCCGGGGGUGCGGCGGCCCCGCGGGCGGAGAACGGCCCGGAGCCCCUCAACCCCCACCGCCGUCCCCUGACCCCGCACGGCCCCGAUUGCUCCCAGCGCGGGGCUGCAAACCCGCGUGCUCCCCCGCUGUGACCCCUCCCCGUGUCCCCUCAUUCACUCCCCCGCCCCGCGUCCACCGGCGGGACCACCUUAACCCGCCCCCCCGCGACUCCGUUCCUGCGCAGCCCCGCACCCCGCGUGCCCCCGUUUGCACCCCGCCCGUCACCCCCCGGAGCCGCGGAUCCACGGGAGGGGGGGCGCUGGGGGGCACUGUGCCAGCCGCUCACCGCCCCCUCCUCCUCCUCCUCCUCCUCCCUUCUUCCUGCUCCUCUUUCUCCCCUCUUCCUCCUCCUCCCGCCUCGCAGAACAGAGCCGAUGUGAGGGCGGCAGCCGCCUCAAGUGCCCCCAACCCCCCCAGCCCGCACCGGGCACGGCGUCCCGGCACCCACAGCCCCCCGACCCCCCGGCUCUCUGCCUCAGUUUCCCCACUGCGGUGACGGCAGCGCCGGGGAGGAAACCAGCGCAGCUCUGCAGGGAGGAAGCGGCACAGGCUCGAGCACCGCCAUGGAGUUCUCCGAGCUGAUCAAAACGGCGACGGUGGAGAGCGUGCUGCUGUCGUGCGCGGGGCAGCCGGCGGUGAAGGGCACCCUGUGCAUCACCAGCCACCACCUGCUGCUCUCCUCCUGCCCCGGCGGCGACGGGCAGCCCAGCGCCGUGGAGCUCUGGCUGCUCAUCCGCAACGUGGACGCCGUGGAGAAGAGGUUGGUCCUUUCCCACCGCCCCGUGCCCCCUUCCGUCCCGUCCUCGAUGGGAGUGAUUCCCCGCUGCCCUCCCGGCACCGCAGAGCCUCCUCUCCCUCCUCUUCCUCGUGGCCCGCGGCAGUGGGCAUUGACCUCCUCUUCUCCUCCGUGCCCCAGAGUGCAGAAUGUAGGCUGGUAUCAGCCCCCCCGCAGCAGCGGCUCCCCGCGGGACAACAGGCUGGCCGGCUCCUCCGGCACCAUCACGCUGCGCUGCAAGGACCUGAAGGUGCUGCAGCUGGAGAUCCCGGGCAUGGAGGAGUGCCUGAACAUCGCCAGCUCCAUCGAGGCCCUGUCCUCGGUGGACUCCGUGAUGAUGAUGUACCCCUUCUUCCACCGGCCCCAGAGCCUGCGGCUGGAGGAGGGGUGGCCGCUGCUCCCCGUGGAGCAGUACUUCCAGCAACUCGCCCUGCAGACCACCCAGUGGCGGCUGAGUGACGUGAACCGGGACUUCGCCGUCUGCCCCACGUACCCCCCGGCUGUCAUCGUGCCGGCGGCCGUGAGCGAAGAGACCCUGCGGAGGGCAGCGCGGUUCCGGCAGGGCGGGCGCUUCCCCGUCCUCAGCUACUAUCACAGCAGGAACGGCACCGUGAUGCUCCGCAGCGGGCAGCCGCUGACCGGCCCCAACCGCAAGCGCUGCGCAGAGGAUGAGAUGCUGCUGGGGUCGGUGCUGGACGACGGCGAGCGGGGCUUCAUCAUCGACACGCGCUCGGCCCAGGCGGCCAAACAGGCGCGGAUGACGGGGGGCGGCACGGAGCCCAAAUCCUCGUACCCGCAGUGGAAGAGGCUGCAUCGGCCGCUGGAGCGUGGCCGCCCGCUGCAGGAGAGCUUCAUCAAGCUGGUGGAGGCCUGCAACGACGCUUCUCUGGGCAUGGACCGCUGGCUGGGUCGGCUGGAGAGCUGCCGCUGGCUGAGCCACGUUAAGGCGGCCCUCAGCACGGCCUGCCUGGCUGCGCAGUGCCUGGACAGGGAGGAGAGCAGCGUGUUGGUGCAUGGAGCAGAGGGCACAGACACCACGCUGCUGGUGACAGCGCUGGCACAGCUGAUCCUGGAGCCAGGCUGCCGCACACUGAAGGGCUUCCAGGGGCUGCUGGAGAGGGAGUGGAUCCAGGCCGGCCAUCCCUUCCACCUGCGCUGUGCCCACUCUGCCUACUCACACGCGCGGCUGAAGCAGGAAGCACCACUCUUCCUCCUCUUCCUCGACUGUGUGUGGCAGCUGAGCCGGCAGUUCCCCUUCUCGCUGGAGUUCAGUGAGGGGCUGCUCCUCACCCUCUUUGACAACGCCUACGCCUCCGACUACGGCACUUUUCUCUGCAACAAUGAGAAGGAGAGGUGUCUGUGCAAAGUGAAGGAGAGCACGCAUUCCCUCUGGGCCUGGCUGGACCAGCCCGAGGAGAGGAAGAAGUACCUGAACCCCCUCUACUCGCCCAACCCGCUGGUCAUCUGGCCCUCGGUGGAGCCCCAGAGCAUCCAGCUGUGGCAGGGCUUGUUCUUUCGCUGGAUCCGCUCAUCCCAGUACCUGGAUGAGGCGUGGGCAGAGAUAUGGCGGCUGGUGGAGGGCAGCAACACGGCUGUCAAGGAGAGCACAGAGAGCAGACUGAGCCGCUCGCUCUCUGACCCCACUGCCCCGACGGAGAAUGAAAGAUGAGAGGCAGCACGAGCACCAUGGCUGGAGAUCGUCCCCCAUCACAGGGGCUGAUGCACCAAAGGCAACGCAAUGCUGCAGCUCUCUGCAGGAAGCGCUGUGCGGGACACACGUCCUGCGGAGCCCAGAGGAGCCUGCACAGACCAGAACUGUAGGGACAUCCCUGGGAGAGGGGGACAGACUCGACUGAGCUUCGUGUCAGCCACGCAGCUUCAGCACAUCACAGUAAAGUGGUCUCCCACACUUUG